ACAAAACUCCUUUAUAACCUGGAACUGUCACAUUGACGAAAAUCGUAGCUGUUUACUUUUAGUACAUACAGACUUUCGUUUUCGUAGGUCUGAAUCUGUGGGCUAUCUUGAAGAAAGAUGAAACGAAUGAGGAACUACGGAGAGCAGCAGUCGAAGCGGUUCAGGAAGUGACCAGAAUCGGCAUGGAACAGAAAAUCUUGUUCAAUCGCAUGAGAGCUUACCGAGAACCUCGAAUCAGCGAAGAGCAAGAAGAUCGACCAGAGUCAGAAAGCUCGAGUUCUAAUGAAGAAAAUUUGCGGGAGUCACUCUCUGAUGAUUCCAUUGAAAUCGUUCCUCAGCCUGAAAGUAUUUAUCCUGAACAUAUGGAACAGGUUGAUUUCAUGGGGUUAUUCGGUGUCGGAACUCAUGAGUUUCACGAUCAUAUGGUUAAGAAAAGGUCGACGAGAGGAAAAUGUGCCGCUGCCAGACCUUAUUUCUACAUGCCUGUAGAUGCGGAUCAUCGCAAGAAACAGAAGAAUAAAGAGAAGUACUUAAAUUGGAAAGUUACGACUCGCAAAACGAAACCGAGAGACUCGCAAAACGGAAAACAAAGAAAAGAUAAGAUGAAAGUUUUGAACAAAUCCAGAUCUGCUGAUGAGAUGUGUAACCAAACUCCUCGUCAAUGUCCGAAAAGUUCGAAGAAGCCAGUUACAACCGUUUCUCGAAAUUAAUGUUAUGAACGAGUAGUUUCUUUUCUGUGAGUUCUCCGGAACAUUCCUGUUGUAGUAUUUUGCCAAAGAAGUUUUCUCAACUUGUUCAUUGAUCAGUAAUAUUUGAGAAUAUCCAUGAAGUGAAUUUGUAACUGAAAAUAUUAUUUAUUUAAUUCAAUGAGUUUUGUGAGUACAGAUGAAUGUAAAGUGAUCAUGUAGGUAUGAUGUUUAUACUGGUGGUAACUUGAGAGUGAAAUUGAAAAUAUUA